AUGGCUCCUUGGUCUGAUCUUCCUAUUGAACUUGUUGAAAGAAUUAGUAAAUUCGUCAACAGCCAUAUUGAUAUCCUUCGCAUUCGUGCAGUCUGCAGUUCAUGGCGUUCAGCAUUUUCUCCUAAUUUCAAAAUCCCCAAAUCUCAGUUUCCCAUCAAACUGCCUUUCCCCAACGACCUAUUCUGGCCUUAUAAUGACAUAUCUCAUUGUAAUUUAAUCGAAAGCACAGUUUAUCUUUUACAACUUCCUCAUCCUCCUCACACAGGCUGGUUAGUCAAGAUUCUAAAAACAUCACACGGAGAAUUGAAGAUUUUGAAUCCUCUAACCAACAGAGUAAUUGGUGAUUUGCCUGAUCAGAAAUUGAAUUUACUAGAUAUACGUGUUUCUCAAUCAGAGGAUGAGAAAUGGACUACCUUGAAAGAUCCCACUAGUAAGAUUGUCGAUAUUAGUGUGUAUAAGGGGAAUUUUUAUGCUGUUGAUACUUAUGGAGAGACCAUAAUGUAUGAUCCCUUGUUUAACCAGACCAUCGUAUCUUCCACCGUCAACAUAUUUAACGAAUGGGGCAGUAAGAAACGACUGGUGGAAUCAGGUGGGGAGUUGUUUCUGGUUGAUAUGUUUUUAGAUACUGAUGUUAAGACAGAGUUGCAUGGUUCUCAACCUUCAUGGAAAUGUCCCAAAGAAAUUAAGGUUUGCCGGCUUGAUGAAGAACAACAUGAGUGGAUUGCAGUGCAUACAUUGGGUGAUCAAAUUUUCUUUGCUGGUGACGACUGUUGUUUCUCUGUUUCUUCAUCAGAUUUUGGUGAUCAGUGCAGAGGAAACUGCAUUUACUAUGUGAAUGGAGGUAUCAUUGUGAAUAUGAGUAGGCGCCCGCCAAAGUACUAUGACUAUGACUUUGAAGAUUAUUUGGUAUGUGGUCUUAGCGAGGAGGUGAAACUUAGAUAUAAAGGAUUACAUCGUCAUCACACAGGUAUCUUUAGCUUACAAGAUGGUAAACUUGGUUCAUUGUUAUCCUUCCUUGAAUAUGCAGAUAUUUUCUGGCCACCCCCAUCUUGGCUUUUUACUGACGAUGAUGAGGCAGCUUCUAAAGAGUUAUGGCAUUUUGUAAUUGAUGAUAGACAUGUAAGGUCGGUUAAUGACAGGCCCUACAUGAAGAAGGUUUGGUAUAAAAGGUAUCAAUGA